GAGCGAAAGUGCUCAAGGAGGGUGGAUGGGAAACAAAUAGGUGUGCAAUAAUCGCAAAUAUCUCGCAAAAUACCAUACAAACUCGUGUACAAAUUACUUAAAUCGCAAGAUCACACCCAUUUUCCCGAUCCAACGUGCAGUGCUCAGUGAUUACAGUGGUAAUUGAGGCGGAAAAGCGUGGUGAUUUGGUGGAUAAACAUGGCGACAUUGCACGGGGUGGUGUUUUGUCUAUAACAAUUUUUGUAAACAGAGACUUUUCCAUGCGAAAAAGCGUCUUUCCCACGGAAAAUCACCUCGAAAAUGAUGAAUAUCGCUUCAAUUGUACUCAGCACGGCCGUUUUGGCAGUGCUCUGGCCGCCCGGCGGCUGCGGAGGUGGAGUUGGGGGUGUGAAUGCCAGAAGGGAUUUCUUCGUGGACGCCGUGGAUGAGUCACGUCGACCGAGGGAUAUUCUAGGGCGACCAACGCUGCCGAUUUGUCAGGUGUAUCAGGGCAAGACAUGCGAGGCGUUCCUGAUGAAUCAGACGGUCUUUGUCACGCCAGGAGUCACGAUUGAUGUGAUUGAGGAGCGUCUCAAGGCUGCUUAUGGCGUCAUUAAGGAGUCUAAAGAUAUGAAUCCUAAUUGUAGGAUUUACGCUCUCCCGUCGCUUUGCUACAGCAUCCUGCCCAGCUGCCGCUCUCCUGAGCUUUCAAACCAUCAAUACUUUGCUGCCAAGGCCACUUUUGAGGCCAAUCAGAGGAACUCACAGAGGAAUUCGCAUAAGAAGAAGCGUCUUCCUCACACAUCGGCCACCAAGCGUCCUGCAACUCAGGCCACGACCACCAAGCUGACGGUGUACUUCUCGGGCGCCGUGACGCCAGCGGUGGACGAUAAGGAGUUCGAUGGAGAGAUGGUGACAGCAGCAGCGGUGAGUGAUCGCCUGAGGCGACGCAGGGAGUCUUUUGACGUCACCGUUGAUGCCAGGACGAAGAAUGUGCGACGGAAGGAGUUUGGCGAGCCAAAAGUGAGUGGCUACACUUCCAAGCCGUAUCCGCCCACGAGGAACACGGAGAAUCUGAGGAGGAUUUGUCGGGAUGAGUGUGAAUUGCUGGAGCAUGAGUUGUGCCAGAAGGAGUACGCCAUCGCGAAGAGACAUCCCGCCAUCGGGAAGCUGCUGCAGCUCGAGGAGUGCUCCGAUCUGCCGGAUGACAGUGACUGCAUGUCGCUGGGCAUUGCUGUGGAUGUGGUGCCGGAAGAGACGUGCUUCUGGGAGAAUGGCGAGAAGUACAGGGGAACAGUGGCCACGAGUGCCUCGGGGAGGCCGUGCUUGAAGUGGGCGCGCUUGAUGAAGGAGAUUGCUGACUUCCCUGAACUCGUGGGUCAGAACUUCUGUCGCAAUCCAGGCGGUGUGCAUCCGGAGCCGUGGUGCUAUGUGGACAACGUCUCGCUGGAGAAGGUGAUCGAGCCGUGCAACAUUCCGCGAUGUUCCGAGCGCAUGUGGCUGUACGUGAUCAUCUCCUUCGUGUCACUGGCCAUGGGGAUUCUCUGUGUGGUGUGUCUGGUGGUGUGCCGGAAGUGGCGCAAGCGAGGCAUGACAAAUAUACAGAAUAUCAAUCUGCCGAAUGCUGACAAGAACAUUUAUGGCAACUCUCGGCUGAAUAGCCCUAUGGAGAUGGCUUCUCUCCUGCCUAAUGUCAGCGGAGGAGUUCCUGGUGGUCCUGUGGGGAUUGCCAACAUUCCAGCGCCACCCAAUCAGCGUCCACCAAUCUCUCGAGGUGCCUCAGCUCUGCGCGUGCCUCAGUACACACUCCAGGAUGUGCGAUUCGUCGAGGAGCUCGGCGAGGGCGCCUUCGGGAAGGUGUACAAGGGUGAAUUGACUCAAAGCAAUGGUGAGAAGAUUUUCGUGGCCGUGAAGGCGCUGAAAGAGAAUGCUUCGGCAAAGACCCAGGGUGACUUCAAGCGGGAGAUUGAACUGAUCAGCGAUCUCAAGCACGACAAUAUUGUCUGCAUUCUGGGAGUGGUGCUGAAAGAGGAGCCACUCUGCAUGCUGUUUGAGUACAUGACUCAGGGUGAUUUGCAUGAGUUUCUCAUUGCCAACAGUCCGAAUGAGGGGAAGAAUCUGACUCAGGUGCAGUUCUUGAGCAUUGCCAUGCAGAUUUGCGACGGAAUGGAGUAUUUGGCGGGUCAUCACUAUGUUCACAGGGAUCUGGCGGCCAGGAAUUGCCUGGUUGGCGAUGCAUUAACAGUGAAAAUCUCAGAUUUCGGCCUCAGUCGAGACAUCUACAGCUCAGACUACUAUCGUGUGCAAUCCAAAUCUCUGCUGCCGGUGCGCUGGAUGCCCUCGGAGUCCAUUCUCUACGGCAAGUUCACAACGGAGAGCGACGUGUGGUCCUUCGGCGUGGUGUUGUGGGAGAUCUACAGCUACGGCUUGCAGCCGUAUUACGGCUACAGCAAUCAGGAGGUGAUCAGCAUGGUGAGAGCGCGUCAACUGCUGCCCUGUCCCGAGGCCUGUCCGAGUCCUGUGUACUCGCUGAUGGUGGAGUGCUGGCACGAGCAGGCAGUCCGGCGUCCCUCAUUCCCCGAAAUCGGCCAUCGGCUGAAGAUCUGGUUCCAGGCAAAGAAGCGCAAUGAACAAGCAGAGAAUGCGUCAAUCUUCGGCGGUGGAAGUCGCAAAGGAUCGACUUUUAGCAUGUCAGCGCCAAAUUCCCGUGGUCAGGUCAUCACGCCGUCGUCGUCAAGUCAACACUCGCUGGGCAAGAAUGAUGCAGAGGCGCCGGCGAAGGAGCGCAGCAACAGCACGUGUGGCAGUCACAUGUCGUCUCUGGAGCGCGGACACUCGCAUCAGCACCACAAAUCGCUGGAGAGAGAGCGCGAGGGCAGCUUCAGUCAUCAUCAUCAUCACAGCAAAUCGCGCCUCUCCAAUGCCAGCAAUUCUAAUCUAUCAGUGGGCGGCGGAAUGGCCAAUUUCGCCUCGGAUGAGCAACUGCACGAGCCCCAGCGGCGCUCUAAGGGUGGCAAGGAGAAGCACCAUCACCACCACCAUCGGCAUCGUCUGAACAGUGGCACGGACUCCACAGAGAGGACGCGGCGCAGCGAUCCGGACAUGGAUGUGCCGGCGGUGCGAAAGAGCAGCGUGGCGAGCGUGAAGAGCGCUGAUAGGGAUGCAAUUCUCAUGGUGUCGCCAUCGAAGCGCCUUCCGCCGCCUUAUCCGCAGUUCUAGUGUGGUAGCAAUUCAUAAUAAUCCCAAAGAUUCGCAAUUACCAGACAUCACUGAGACUUGCUGAUCCAGGACAAGUCCUGGGCGCACCCAUGACGACAUAUCGGUAUGAUUUACUUAAUUUUCUUCUGUGUGAAUUCUUGUGCUCUGAAGGGGAUGCAAAAGCGCGCGGAUUCUGACACUGAGUCAGGAGGGGAGAUGAUAAAGUGAAAGGUUCUGAAGAGAUUUUACACUCAAUCAGCAGAGUUUUGGAUCAAUUUCAACUCAAAUUGAUGGAUGCUAUUGAUUCGCAUUUAUCGGCAAUUAUUAAAUUUUGGAUCAUUCUUUACAAAAAGUCAUUUUAUAUCGAAUGACAGAAAUCAAUCCAAAGAUGAUCAAAACCAGUGCCCAAGAAUUUCCUCCAGAGACACAUUUUGAAUUGUUCAACAGUAUUUCAAUGGGAGAGAAAGAAGAAUCUCCAAAAAGACUGCCAAUGAUUAUAAUUUCCAGAUCUUCUCGCCAAGCAAUUGAUCUCAUUUUUUUUUUGUAUGGACAAUUUUUUAUAUACGAAAGAAAGGAAGGGAAAGGAAAGAAAAAGCCGCGAAGGCUUGAAGAGUCGUGUGACGAUGAUUGGAUGUGGGAAAACUUCUCGAUUCAGUGACGAUUUAGCGAUGAAGACGGUUUCGUUAAUAUUUAGGAAUAUAUAUAUAAUAGAUAGUAAUUGAGAUAAGUUUUUGGGAAUGCAGAGAUCCGAAGAAUUACACUAGAUAAAAACAAACUUCCUCAACUUGAAUAGAAAAAAAAAUGUGUGUAGAAAAGAUUUCAAACAACGAGAAAAAAAAUGAAAAUUCCUUUCCGUCCGAAAUUGAUUUUCCGACCGUCUUUGAGUUUAGCCACACAACAAAUGUACUUGAUGAUUUCUAAGCAUUUCUUCUUGGGGUGUUGAAUUCUGGAUCUCUCUUCCGGCGGUGUUAGAGAAGAGUGAUCGUCACUGUGCAGAGAAGUAGGAAAACUUAAUUGUAAUAAGUGUUAUGAUGGAAAAAAAAAUCUUAGUGAAGCAAUUUUCUCCCAAUUUUCUCAUAAAACUAGUAUCUUUAAAUCUAUUCCUUAUACAAGAGUUUUUAGGAGGUAUUUAAGGACUCUUUCAUUUCUAAUGUGGAAGCAUUUGAGCCAAAUAUUUUAUAGUUCGUUCCUUUUUUUUACUUUAUAAAUUUCAUAGUGACUCAAAGUGACACUUUAAAAUGGUAAUUUUACGAGUAUUUAUUGUACUA